UCAAAAAUUGAGAGUUAAAAAGAAAAUCCCUGAAAGCUCUGUUUCUGUUUUCUGUUACAGAGAAGCUUCAAAGCAUGGAAUCAGUCAAGCAACAAAGAAUCACCCAAUCUAGUACUCUCAAGUUAGCUACUAAAUCCUUACUUGCAGUCUCAUUCUUCUCCAUCCUACUUCCUGUCUCCCUCCACUACUCAAAUUUCCAGUUUUUUACUCGUACAAUCCAGCUUUUCAGCUGCAACAAUGACAAGAACUACAUGUUCCUUCUCUGCAAUGGUAUUCUAGUACUCAUCGUCAAGAACGCGGGUCUAAUGGAUGCAAAGAAGAAUCGAGAGGAUCGUUCAGAAUUGCAAGAGAUGAAAGCAGCAUCAGUUGCUUAUGAGGCAAAAGGUGGUGUUCAAGAAGAGCAACAUGUAGAAGAGAAGUCUCUGAUUAUAGUGGAAGAAUCAAAGUGUGCCAGGUCGAUGAUGAUCGAAGAAGAGAUCAAAGAGCAGAGAAAUGAAAUUGUUGUUAUUGAUCAUGAAGAUGAUGAAGAUGGAUUUGGGUCACUAACUGCAGAGGAAUUGAACAAAAAGUGUGAUGAAUUUAUAAGAAAGAUGAAGGAAGAAAUCAAAUUUGAAGCUUGAACACUAAUCAUGGUUUAGCAUUUGUAGCCAAAAGAACAAAUUAUUAAGAUUAGUCAUUAUUGUGCUUGACAAGAAGACUGAUCUUGAUCCUUCUUUGUCCUCCUCCUUUUUGGAGUCAAUGAAUUGUAGAAUCUAGUUUUUAUA